CGCUCGUCAUCCAGAGCAGAGGGAAGGGGAAAGAAGGAGAGAAAACAGCGGAAAGACAAGGGGGAGCUGGCGGAGGUUUGGUGAGAGAGAAUAGGAAACUCCCGAGCUACUUCACCGGGAGAAAGACACACCGUCCAGGGGAGAUACGUCCAGUCGUCGCCGGUGCUGCCUUCACGGCUGAUCUGUGCCUGAAGAGGACGAGGAUGCUCUCCUGAAUAUUCCCCCACUCACUGCCAUUCUUUCAUCCUAUUUGACCACUGCCUUCAUCAUGAACCACACUCCGAGCCCCCACCUGUCCGAUGGUGGGAAGUCGACUGGAGGGGCGCUGCUGUGCAGCCUGGGUCUGGGGUCCGACAGAGGGAUCCGCUCCCCGGACAGCCUUGCCCACACCCCCAGCCCCACAGGAGGAACCCCCAGCUCCAGUCCUCCGCUGCUGCUGUCGCCUGGGCUCGGAGGCUUUGGGAUGGGAUCCCUCGGGGCCAUGGGUGACGGAGCUGGAGCCGACUGGGAGAGCAGGGAGGAGCUAAGGCUCAGGGAGCUGGAGGAGGCUCGGGCCCGAGCGGCCCAGAUGGAGAAGACUAUGAGAUGGUGGUCAGACUGUACUGCCAACUGGAGAGAGAAGUGGAGCAAGGUUCGUGCGGAGCGCAACCGAGCACGAGACGAGGUUCGCCAGCUCAGACAGCGGCUGGACACCCUCACCAAAGAGCUGACCAGUGUGCGGCGGGAGCGGCAGGAGCUGGCCUCUGAGAAUGAAACUCUGAAGCAGCAGACACUGUGUCUCCAUGGUGACCACACGGCUCCACCGCCAUCCACCACUUCUCCCUCUUACUCCCCUGCACAUCAAUGUGGUGCGUCCUCCUCUCCAUCUAUUCCUCUCUCCUCUCCGGCGUCCUCCUCCUCUUCCUCUCAGGUUCACAGUGACGGCAAGCUGGACAGGGUGGGUGAGGCUCCACCGGGGUCUCCAGAACCAGAACCAGUACGGGAUGUGGACUUGGAGAGAGAACGGCUAGGUCAGCAACAGGACAUGGAGCUGCUGGAGUCUGUCCUGCGAACCAGGCCCCCAGCUGCCGACAGCGGCGGAGGUGUUCAUGUGGCCAGCUCGCGCUCAUCCUGCAGUCUGAGCCGACAGGAGCGCAACCGGCAACUAUGGGAGGACGUCAGCACGGUGGAAGAAGACUCUGGCAAACUCAACGUCCUGCAGCUCCGCCUGGAUGAGUCCCAGAAAGUCUUGCUGAAGGAGAGAGAAGACAAGCUCGCUCUGAGUAAGAGCAUCGAGAGGCUGGAGGGUGAACUCAGUCAGUGGAAACUUAAAUAUGAGGAGCUCAGCAAGAGCAGGCAGGAAGCCCUCAAGCAGGUCAAUCUGCUGAAGGAAAUGCACCAGGAUGAACUCGGCCGCAUAUCUGAAGACCUGGAGGACGAGCUGGGAGCGCGCACCAGCAUGGACAAAAAACUAGCUGAACUGCGAGCUGAGAUGGAGAGGCUGCAGGUGGAGAAUGCUGCAGAGUGGGGGCGCAGAGAGCGCCUCGAAACAGAGAAACUGGCCUUGGAGAGGGACAACAAGAAGCUGCGUGCGCAAGUCGAAGACCUGGAGGAGCAACUGGCUAAGAAGCGCCGGCAGGCUGCCUCUGCGCUCGACACAGAUCUGAAGGCCAUUCAGAGCGAGCUGUUUGAAAGAAACAAGGAGCUGGCCGAUCUCCGCCACAUCCACGCCAAGGUGAAGAAGCAGUUUCAGGAGAAGACGGCGGAGCUCGCCCACGCCAACCGGCGAGUGGAGAGUCACGAGGCGGAAGUCAAAAAGCUACGACUGAGGGUGGAGGAGCUCAAGAAGGAGUUGGGACAAGCCGAGGACGAGUUGGAUGAGUCUCAUAACCAGACCAGGAAGCUGCAGAGGUCUCUGGAUGAGCAGGUGGAGCAGACUGAAAACCUGCAGGUACAACUGGAACACUUACAGUCAAGACUGCGGCGGCAGCAGCAGAGUCCAGGGUUGUUUGGGAAGAUGCGAUCGACUCGUUUCAGUCCUGAAAACCCAGACAGUCUCACCAGUGACGUGGACGAGGAGGAGGAGGAACUGCAGCUCCAGAUCCCAUGACACACACACAUAUACACACACA